AUGGAACCCGUCGGCGCCGGCGUCGGAUCGUGGGACACGGAGUUCGCGUGGCACCUCCUCACCGUGCUCCUCCGCAUCGGCCGCCCCGCCGCCGCCACCGAGUCUCCGCUCCGCUCCUCCGACGGCGUGGUGACUGUUUCGGAGACGGCCGCCGUGGCGUUCCUGAGAUUCAUGGGAUGCGAUGUGCCGGCGCGGCCUGUGGCGGGAUUGGGGGCCUCCGUUGCAGAUUCGGCAGAACAGGAGCAGCAGCAGCAGUCGCAGCAGCUGAUUGUGCAAACCUCUUCUUCAGUCGCUACUGGAGAGUCUCCUACUCACACCAAAGAAGAACCUGUAUUACAUGAAAUGAGAGAAACUUCAUGUCAACCAUCUCUGGACAAAAAAGUUGAGCCGGCAGCAUUGCCAGUAGAAGCGACGAGCUACGAUGGUGUUAACAAUAGCAACUUGAACAUUAUUGCUGAAAAUGUGGAAAUCACUGAUCAGAAUGGCAAUGAGCAGCCACAUAAUGAAGUGAGUACGGAUUUUCCAAAGGAGCAAGAUAAAAAGAUUGUGAAGCGCAAGAAAAAGGAUGCAGUACCCAACGAAGAUAAGGAUCAAGUUGCAGAUACUGCUCAAAAGGGUCAUUCAGAGCCAAACCCACUGCCUAGCUUCGAACAUUUUGUUGUAGAAGAGGAAGUAGGGUCAGGCCCUCGAGGAAAAGCUCAUUCACAUCUUGUUGACAAUGAACGAAAGAUGUUGGAACGAUUUGGAGGCAGGAACUUUGUGAUUAAAUUUGAAGGCUGUUUUAGGAGUGGUGACCUGGAUUGCUUUGUUCUACAACACGUAAAGCAUGACAGACCGGAGAAUCUGAAAAAAGUAAUAGAUUUGUUUGAGUUGCAGUGGUAUGCGUAUUGUCUGUUAAAAGCUCUUUCAAGCUUACAUAAACAGGAUCUUCACCAAAAGUUAUUGAGAAACAGUAAGUUGGAGGUAAUUUCACGCGGGAAGGAUAUCACAUCUCAAUCUUCAUUGAAGUCUGCUCUAGUGAUUCAUGACAACGAAGCAGCAGCUGGCUCAAAACAACCUCUUGGGUCCAAGAGGAAAAGAUCAAAUAAAAUCCCUGUGUGCAGCGACCCUAGGGUUGAUAAUAAGAGUAUGUAUGGUAGCCAAGCUGCUGAUCGAUCUGGUGUAAUCUCUGCCAAAGAUGCUACAAGCACGAAAGCAUCAUUGGACAGGUUAAAGCAGCCCCUAUACAAAGGGCAGAAAGACCUAAUGAACUUGAAUGAGGUGCAAAGUCCAAACCAAAAUACACCAGCAGCUCCAGUUUCCCAAAGGAAGAGGGUGGCUGCUCCUGUUGGUAGUGUGGAUCAGAAGCUAUUUGUACUCACGCCAAUGCCCCUGCGUUCUGGUGGUAGUGCUGUUGCCGGUUCUGGCUUGUUUAACAGCAAAGGACAUGGAAAGCAGCGAAGAGAAGGUCCAUGUGUCGGAACUAAAGGAUUCCGAGCUCCAGAGGUUCUUCUGAGAUCUUCUCAUCAGGGUUGUAAAGUCGAUGUCUGGUCUGCUGGUGUGACACUCCUGUAUUUGAUAACUGGCAAAACACCUUUUGGCGGAGACCCGGAACAGAACAUGAAGGAAAUAGUCAAGCUCAGAGGCAGCGAAGAAUUAUGGGAAGUAGCGAAAUUGCACAACUGUGAAUCUUCAUACCCAUCGGAGUUAUUCGAAGCCAAAUUUCUACAGUCGGUGGAUCUCAGGACAUGGUGCGUUGCCAACGCCCGCAGGCCAGAGUUCCUCAAGCAGUUACCUGACUCGCUGUUCGAUCUCGUGGACAAGUGCCUGGCAGUUAACCCGAGGUGCAGGAUCACUUCGGAGGAUGCUCUGUUGCACGAGUUCUUCACUCCAUGCCAUGAAAGCCUUAAGAGGCAGAAGAAAAGGCUCUUUAAGAUUAGAGGGUUAGCUGGAGAAGCUUCUCAACUUCCUCCUUGCUCACCGCGAGAUACUAUAGCUAAGGCGAGCAAGUCGUAGUGCUCGCCUCCGACAUUUUGACUUGUUAUAGCCUAUCUAAGCUGAUGCUGGCAACCGAGUGUGUGCCAACAGCCUGCCUAUUUACCCCCUCUUGUAAAUGCUGUACUUAGAAGUAUAAUGCAGU